AUGCCCUACAUUGAGAAGCGUCGUGCGGCACGAGCAGCCGCUCUGGCAUCCGGCAAGAAGAUUCCGGAGUUCUACGAUGCGAUCGAUUGGGCAGACCAGGAGGCCGCUACGAGGGGUGUGACUUACGAUCCCGCCAUCAUGCAGUUGGCUCUGCACCCGGAGUAUGUUGCUCCCCUUAGAGAGGAAGUCAUUCACAUUUUACGUUCCGAGGGCUUGAAGAAGUCAUCUCUUCACAACAUGAAGCUUUUGGACAGCGCUUUGAAAGAAGCUCAACGUCACAAGCCGCCUGGAGUUGGAGAUAGGAUUGCGAGCGACACAUACCGCAUGGGAGAUCCGGAGCUGCACCAAGACCCUGAGAAGUGGGACCCUUACAGGUUCAUCAAGAUGGCCGAGCAGCCUGGCAAAGCCAACUAUGCCCAACUGGUUGUGACGAGCCCCGACCACCUUGCGUUCGGACACGGGGAUCACGCCUGCCCCGGACGGUUCUUUGCGGCUUACGAGAUCAAGAUUAUCAUGUGUCAUCUGUUGCUAAAGUAUGAUUGGGAGGCCUUGCCUACUACCUAUGCAUCGCCAAUGGUUUUGGGGUUCACUAAUGCAAGCAAUCCUACCGCUAGAGUCAGGGUCCGUCGGCGUAAGGAAAUCGAAUUGGAUAUUGAUUGCUUGUGA